AGGGAAGUGGUAAAGCGCGGACCGGCUGCUGAUGGUCAGCUGAUGUGUCAAACGGGGUCCAGCCUUCACGCUUUGCUUUGUUGACGUUUAUUUGGAACAGAAGAAUUAUUGUCCCUGCAUACAUUGCUAAUGUAAUAUCUAUUCGUUAUUUUGGUACACCCCUCUCCAAUAUUUGACGACGUUGUCUUAAGCGGAAGCGAAAAGGAUGCAUCGAUUGACCUCAAGAACCGCUGUCAAUCUGUUGACGUUUUCAUCGCUAAUGUAUUUCCUGCUGAUAUUAUCCGCACAAACAUCAGAAGCUAAGAAUUCAGAAGACAUCAGGUGCAAAUGUAUCUGUCCACCUUAUAAGGAAAUUGCUGGGCAGAUCUACAAUCAAAACGUUUCCUUGAAGGACUGUAAUUGCCUUCAUGUGGUGGAGCCGAUGCCCGUUGAAGGCAAAGAUGUGGAAGCAUACUGCUUACGCUGUGAAUGCAAAUAUGAAGAAAGGAGCUCUGGAACCAUUAAAGGCACCAUUAUAGCAUAUCUUUCU